AUGAAAAAUCUUGACUUCCCGCUCAAGACCUACGAGAGCGGUCUCCUUCAAUGCAACGUCUACAUUCGCAAGGACACAGCACCCUUCGGAACAAAAACCUACCCUGUUAUCGCUACCUAUGGCCCAUAUGGCAAAGAUCUCUCCGGCUCUUCCUCCGUCAAAAAGAACUGGGACCAACGAAACCCCGAAAUCAAGUCCCCACAUGCGUCAUUGAAAACGCCAGACCCCGGGUUCUGGACGAGUAAAGGGCACAUUAUCAUUCGGGCCGAUGAACGCGGCGCAGGGCAGAGCCCCGGCGAACUCGACACAAUGUCAUGGGGGACUAGCGAAGCCUUCUUGGACGUCAUCGAAUGGUGCGUGGAGGAGAAUGGUCUUCGGGCAAGGUCGCCCUGUUGGGGAUUAGUUACUAUGCUGGAACGCAGUGGCGUGUUGCGGCCAGGAAGCCGAAACAUCUUGCGGUGA